AUGCGGGCGCUAGAGUACAGUGAGGCUCGAAAGUUCAAUAUUGUUGAAAAGGCCCUUCCGAAAAUCCGUGAGCACGAUGUCUUGAUCAAAGUCAAGGCUUCUGGUGUGUGUGGCACUGACUUGCACAUCCACGAUGGAGAAUUUGGAGAUCAAUUCCCUCUUGUACCUGGACAUGAGACUGUCGGUGUGGUCGCAGCAUUUGGCAACGAGGUCCAGGGCUUCACGGUGGGAGAUCGCGUGGUAGCAGACAACUCCGAGUUAUGUGGACACUGCUACUACUGCCGUCAGGGCAAGGAGCUCUUCUGCGACAACUUCAUUGCCCAUGGCGUGAUGAUUGAUGGCGGCUUUGCAGAAUAUGCCACAUACCCAGGAAACCGCGUAUUCAAAUUCAAGAAUCUGUCUGAUGUGGAUGCCACGCUGCUGGAACCUGCGGCCUGUGCUGCACAUGGACUGGACAAGAUCGCCCCUCAGAUGGGAUCGCGCGUGCUUUUAUUUGGAGCAGGACCGACAGGUCUGAUGCUGGCUCAGCUUCUUCGCCAAAAUGGUGCAUGCCAUAUGGUAAUUGCUGCACCGGGGGGUUGGAAGAUGGAUCUUGCCAAGUCUCUUGAUGCGGCCGAUGAGUAUGUGGAAUUCCCGCGUGAGGCACAGGCAGCGGCUGUUAGAAUGGAAAUGCUUCGAGCAGACAACCCAUAUGGGUUCGAUAUUGUUGUGGAAGCUACUGGCGGUGCGAAGAUGCUCGAGAAUGCUAUCCACUUCGUGACAAAGGGUGGCAAGUUGGUGGUCUAUGGUGUCUAUGGUGAUAAAGAUCAUGUUUCGCUAUCACCAAAUAUGAUUUUCAAGGAGGAGAUCAACGUGUUGGGAUCAUUCAGUCAGACCUAUAAAUUUCCGGCUGCUAUCAAUUACCUUGAUGGGAAGCGGAUCAGGGUUGAUGGUAUUGUCAACAAAACAUUCAAACUGGAAGAAUGGCAGGCGUGUCUCGAUGCAAUGAGAAAUAAGUCGGUAGUCAAAGCCGCGAUCGUGUUCAACUAG